UCAUCCCUCAAUCUCAUCGUCUCCAUUUGGAUAAAAGUAGUGCAGAAAACAAGUUAAAGGUGGAGCCAGAGGUAACCACUUUGGCCAAGAAACUGUAGCUGCCUCCCAGAAUACACUCAUGUAAAGUAGCCAAAUUGUUUUUAGAUAAAGCUUAGAAUGGCUCUUAAUCUCGCAGCAAAGAUUUGUGUCCCUAAUGCCAACUCAAUGAAGAGACCUGAAAAUAGAUCAGGUAAAUUGCAGUUCAGGUGUUGCAUUGUUGCAUUGUGUUCAUCGAGUCGUCGUCACAUAAUAGCUCAUACCGCUGCUUCAUUGUCGGCUGUUGUGACCUUCCACUGUGUUUUAACUCAAACAUUACCGGUACGGGCUGAAUCAGAUGACCGAAAGGAAGAGGGUGAUGAAGGACUUGUAGGGGCUUUCAAGUCAUUGUUGGAUCCUAACGAGAAAACAAAGUCCGGAAAAGUGUUGCCAAAGGCCUAUGUAAAGUCGGUUAGAGAAGUAGUGAAGACGCUCCGUGAAUCGCUACAGGAGGAUCCCAAGGAUGUCGCUAAAUUUAGACGAACAGCGGAUUCCGCAAAAGAGUCUAUCCGAGACUAUUUGAGUAAUUGGAGGGGACAAGAGAAGGUGGCUCGCGAGGAAUCGUAUAUCGAGCUCGAAAAGGCGAUCAGGUCUUUGGCCAGUUUCUACUCCAAGGCAGGUCCCUCUGCUCCAUUACUGGAAGAGAUUAAGAACGAAAUAUUGAAUGAUUUGAACACAGCUGAAGAAUGUUUGUAGCAUAUACCGUGAGGCAUAACA